AUGGAUUUCCUAGGAAAACUCUUGCAUCCUUUUGAUGAGGAAAUUAGUUGUAAUAAUCUUGAACAAUUCCUUUCAAAACCACUACUACUUAAAUUGCCAUCUCUUCCCAGUUAUGCUGACAGCUUUCCUGAUAAACUUGAAUCUGUAUAUUCAAAUCCUUUUUAUGUUCCUAGGAUAUCUAGUAUCCUUGUUAAUGUCAUGGGCAAGUCCUUUAGAGAAAGUGUUGGUGGAGAAGCAUAUACUUCAAAUACUAUUAAUAACCACAUUAUGGAUAUGAUUGGUCUUGCCCAAGAGUAUGCUCUUGGUUGUAGUAAUUUCGAUUGGAAUUGUAACAAGGUUAUUAAACCUACAACUACUACCACAGAAAAUAAGAGAGUUCGACCAGAUGUCACAAUCUAUUAUAAUAGAGUGCUUGUAAUGAUGGAUGCAGAAAAAGACUUAGAUGAAUACUUUGAUUUUUGGAACCCACUUGCCUUUGGUAGAUUACCAUUUAUCAUGGCUUUUGCAGCAGCUGGUACAAAAUUGCAAUUUUAUUAUUAUUAUGUGGACAACAUAAACAAUAAACCAGUACAUAAGAAAAUUGCUGCAAACCACCAUAUUUUUAAUAUACUUGAAAUUGUAAAAAAACUUCAUGAAAUGAAAGUUGUCCAUCAGGAUAUUUGCUGGGAAAAUAUUAAAAGACUUACAAAUGAUAGUUGGAUAUUAAUUGACUUUGAAGAAGUUGCCAAGAUUGGAGAAUUAAGAAUUCCAUUAAAUAUUGCAGCUCCAGAAUAUAGAGAUGGAGAAGAUUUAU